AUGUAUCCAGAAGGUGUAUGCAAUUUCCAUCCAAACUGGACUUUCCGUGUCUCCCUGGAACUUCUUUCUACACAAGGCAAGUUUAUCCCCAACUACAAGUGUGAUGUGCAGGCUAAUUUAGCAGUGGUUAUUGGAGGACCUAAUGCUGAUGUGUGUCUCUUCAUGGCAACCAUCUUGUGCAUCUAUAAGAUUCCACAGUUGGCAUAUGGGUCUUCGCCAGUGAUGAAUGACAUAUCCCAAAGAGUUUUCCUUCGCCAGAUAUUUCCAGAUGUCCACCAGCAAUACAAGGGGAUUAUACAGCUACUGUUUUAUUUCCAGUGGAAGUGGAUUGGAGUGAUGUUCAUUGAGGGUGAGAAUGGGGAGAGAUUCAUAGAAAAUGAGCUACCCAAGUUUAUCCAUGAAGGUAUCUGCUUUGACUUCAUAGAAAAAUUCCCACAACUCAAGUUUUCAACCGAAAUCACUAAAAUGGUUUCAGAUGGAGAGAAAACUUCUAGAAUCAUUAUGGGAGCGACUUCUAAUGUGGUAGUUGUGCAUGGGGAAAUACAAACAAUGGCAGUUAUAAGAGUAAUGCUUCAUAUGUCUGAAUUUGAGGAGAUCCCAAUGAAAACCAAAGUAUGGAUUUUUGUAGCCCAGAUGGAUUUCACAUCGUUGUCUUUUCAACGAAGCUGGCCCAUUGACUUCCUGCAUGGUGCACUCUCUUUCGCAGUCCACAGUGAGGAAGUGUUGGGAUUCCACGAAUUCCUUCAGCACACAAUAUUCACAUCUCAAAAAGAAGAUCUUUUUUUCAGAGAUUUCUGGAAAGAGGCAUUUCAGUGUUCUUCCUCCAGAAUUCCUGAAGAAACAAUGAAUGAAGACAUCUGCACUGGAAAAGAGAACUUGGGUCAACUUCUUGGGUCAAUUUUUGAAAUGAGCAUGACCAGUCACAGCUACAGCAUCUAUAACGCUGUCCAUGUAUUGGCAGAGGCUUUGCACGCUAUGUUCUCAUCUACAGAGAAGAAAGGAGCCAGACGAGAUAAGCAGAGACAGCAGCUUCUCAAUCAACCAAGCUGGCAGCUUCACCACUACUUGAGAAGUGUUUCAUUUAACAACAGUGUCGGCGAAAUGCUUUCCUUUAAUUUCAGGGGGGAACUAAUAGCAGGAUUUGAUAUUAUCAAUUGGAUCACAUUUCCAAAUCAGUCCUUUGUUAGAGUCAAAGUUGGAAGAACGGCACCACCGAAUGUCCCUGACAAAGUAUUCACUAUUUCUGAAGAUGAAAUCCAAUGGCCCAAGGCUUUCAACCAGGUGCUACCUCUUUCUAUGUGUAAUGAACAUUGCAAGUCUGGAUAUAGUAGGACAAAGAUUGAAGGGAAACCAUUUUGCUGCCACAAUUGCCAUCAAUGCCCAGAGGGGAAGAUAUCUCAUGUAAAGACUUUGGUGCUUCAUCUCUUCAUUAAGCACAGGGAGACUCCCAUUGUCAAAGCCAAUAACCGGAAUCUCAGCUAUGUUCUCCUCAUUUCCCUCUUGCUUUUAUUCCUUAGCAUUUUGCUUUUCAUUGGACAACCCACGAAGCUACUGUGCCUCAUUAGACAAACAGCUUUUGGCAUCAUCUUCUCAAUAGCUGUUUCUUCUAUUUUGGCCAAGACCAUCAUUGUGGACCUCGCUUUCAUGGCCUCCACACCAGGAGGUAGGAUGAGAAUGUGGUCUAGGAAACACAUGGCCAACUGCAUUCUUAUUUCCUGUUGUUUUACUCAAGCCUUGAUUUAUAGUUGGUGGUUGGUAAGUGCACCACCCUUUCCAGAUGUUGACAUGCACUCUAUGAUGAAAGAAAUUAUCCUGGAGUGUAAUGUAGGAUCUGUCACCAUGUUUUACAUUGCCUUGGGCUUUCUGGGCUUCUUGGCUAUCAUCAGUUUCACGGUGGCCUUCCUGGCCAGGAAUCUGCCUGACAGUUUCAAUGAAGCCAGGUUUAUCACCUUCAGCAUGUUGGUCUUCUGCAGUGUCUGGGUGUCCUUUGUUCCGACUUAUUUAAGCACAAAGGGCAAGUACAUGGUGGCCGUGGAGAUUUUUUCCAUCUUGGCCUCCAGUGCUGGUUUAUUGCUCUGCAUCUUUUACCCUAAAUGCUAUAUCAUUGUAGUGAGGCCUGAACUGAACAGCAGGAAGCACCUAAGAAGAAAAUAA